UGUUUAUUAAAAUUAAAAAAGUAAAAAACUUAUUGAUAAUGGAAUCCGCAAAGUUUUCUCCUCGUGGUAGAUCGAAUAAAAAGUUAGUCUGUUCAGUGAAAGGCUGUAAUAGCACCUCCAACAGAGAUCUUGAAUUGUGUUUUCAUUACUUUCCGAUAAAAACAGACUGUUUUAUAUACAUAAAAAAUAUUUUUGGAAAAUUAGAGAAAAAAAAAAAAUUAGAAUGUUGGAUGAAAGCAAUAGGUGUCAAUAAAGUGAAUUCCGGAAUGAAAAUUUGUUCACGUCAUUUUUAUAUGGAUGAUUAUAUUUUACCAAAUGCGCCAGCAAAAUUAAAACGUUUAAAGAAAAGUGCUGUUCCUUCAUUAAAUCUACCGCAUUCUACUAAUGAAAAAAGUAAACAUGACAGAAAAGUCAGAGUUUUGAAGAGAAACAUUAAAAAAAGCAAUGUAACAGAGAAGCUUCAACAAGUUGAACUAAUGAACUGUCAUCAAUCUGUAGUGGAUGAGGAUAUAUCAGAAAGUGUGCAAGAUGUUUCGGAUGUUAUUAUUAAUAGUGAGCAAAAUGCACCAACCUACUCUGAAAAAUGUAAAAAAAGUUCAUCCACUAAAGAUUUUGGAGUGCAGGUAGAAACUGUUUUUCUGAAAUCAAACCUCCUAAAUUUGUUAAAGAAUGAUGCACAGUUAAGUGCUUUUACUGGUAUUGAGUCAUUUGCAAUUUUAAAUACUCUUGUUGAAAUCGUGACACUUAAAUUUGGCAAUCAACUGAAUCAUCAUAACGUGAAAAUGAGUAUUCGUGAUAAAGUAGUGAUGACAUACGUGAAAUUAAAACAAAAUACGCCUUAUAAUUGUUUAGCUAUUUUAUUUGAUUGUUGUUCAGAAAACACGUGUCAUCGAGUAUUUCUUGAUAUGAUUAAAGUCUUGAGUUUGUGUCAGAGGAAUUAUUAAAUGGCCAUCCGAAGAAACAGCUUCGAAAAACCUUCCUGUCUGUUUCGAAGGAUUUGAAGAUACAAGAGUCGUUCUUGACUUUACAGAAAUAUUUAUCCAACAACCAAAAAAUCUCUGUUGUCAAGUGAUAACUCAUUCUUCCUAUAAAAAAGGGCAAACUUGUCAAUUCAUGACAGGUGUAACACCAGCUGGAAACAUAUCCUUUAUUAGUCAAGCUAUGGUGGUCGAAUCAGUGGCAAAGCUAUAUUCAAUGGUUGUGGUAUUAAAAAGCUAUUGGAACCUGGUGAUGGCGUGAUGGUUGACAGAGGUUUCCAUAUAGAGGAUUAAUGUGAAGCAAAUAAAUGGAUUAUGUACAGACCUCCUUUUUUGAAGGGUAAAAAACCAUUUUCAAAGGCAGAAUCGAUUGAAACUGCAAAAAUAGCAAAAGCAAGGAUACACAUAGAACGUUCAAACCAAAGGAUCAAAACGUUUAAAAUUAUGUCAGAGACCAUGCCCGGUUUUUUAGUGCCAAUAAUUGAUGAUAUUUUUACUGUAAUCUGUGCAACA